CCCUCGAGCAAGCACUGGGUGGCCUGUGGUCCUCGACCCGGCCUCGCUCUCAUAACACAUAUAUUGAUGAUGUUCUCGCAGGGAGGCGGCUCAAUGCCGAAGCCAAUUGGAGAUCUCAUCAGCUCCAAGACGAUUCUGCUGAAUGUGCUGGGCACAACGGAAGCUGGAGUCAUGCCGCACGAGCUACUCGAGCCAGAGGACUGGCAGUACAUGAAGCUCAGCCCUGUUUUGGGGCAUGAAUACCGCCAAGUCUCUGACAACUUGUACGAGCACAUCAUACCACGCAAACCAGAAUUGCAGUUGUACCAGGGUGUCUUCGGGACUUUCCCGGAUCUGCAAGAGUGGCCUAUGAAAGAUCUCUACUCCAAGCACCCUACCAAGGAGGGCCUGUGGCUGUAUCGAGGCCGGGCAGAUGAUAUAAUUGUCUUCUCUACUGGCGAAAAGCUCAAUCCCGUGGACAUGGAGACCAUCAUACAAUCACACCCUGCCGUAAAAGGCGCGGUGAUUGGUGGCGCCGGACGCUUCCAGUCGAGCCUGUUGGUCGAGACCACCGAGCCCCCCAAAGAUGACACCGAGCGUGAGAAGCUGUUGGAGGACAUAUGGCACACCGUGGAGAAAGCAAACAAGGAGAGCCCAUCCCACGGACGCCUCCAUCGCGACAUGGUGCUGUUCACGACCGCGGACAGACCUUUGCCACGUGCGGGAAAAGGCACCGUCAUACGUCAGGCAGCCCUGGACCUCUAUGUUACGGAGCUCGAGGCUUUAUAUGGGGCCAGCGGCGCAACCACUACCGCUGGACUUGGUGUUGGGCAGUACUCAGAUGCAAAGGAAGCUGCCAGAAGCAUAAUCACCAGAACCACCGAUAUCGACAGCGCCUGUGUCCCUGCAGACGCGAAUCUUUUCGAUUUGGGGCUGGAUUCACUCCAGGUGACUGCGAUUGUCAAGGAAACCAACAAGUAUCUGGUGGGCCUCGGGAAGCCAGCAGCUAUGCAAGCUUCUCUGGUGUACCGCCACCCUACCCUUGAGGCCCUCAUAUCUCUGAUUGAGGCACUUUGCGAAGGUCAGAAAGCCCCCGAAAUGGCGCCAGAAGCGGACGAGGAGAAAAUGCAGAUCCUCUACGACCUGCACACCGCCGAACUGCCGAUAAACACUCGGGCUCCUGAGCCGCAAGAACCAGGCAAGGCAUGCGUCCUCCUAACUGGCUCGACGGGCUCGCUGGGAUCCUAUAUCCUCGACUCUUUAAUCGCAAGGUCUGAUGUAGCCCACAUAUACUGCCUCAACCGCGGAACCGAGAGCUUCGAGAGACAGUCAAAGUCGCAGGCAGCAAAGGGACUCGCGCCGCUACAUGCUGACAAGGUCACUUGCCUUGGCGGAGCAGACCUGUCCAGACCGUACCUCGGCCUGCCUGUCCAGGAGUACAAGCAGCUCCUCAGCAAAGUCACACUGAUCGUGCACAACGCGUGGCAGGUCGACUUCAACCUGCCCUUGGCCGCCUUCGCCAGCCACGUUGGCGCGGUCCGCCGACUCGUCGACCUCGCGGCGCACUCGCGAUUCGGUGCGGGCGUCAUGUUCAUCUCGAGCAUCGGCGCAGUCGCCGAGUGGCCGACUCAAAACACCACCAGCAACACCACCACUUCGACCUCAGUCCCCGAGGUGGUGGUAGAGGACUGGCAUGCCUCCCAGCGUAGCGGGUACUGCCAGUCCAAGCUGGUGGCGGAGCGUAUCCUCGACGCCGUGGCCCAGACGGCAGGCGUCCCUACCGCGAUCUGCCGUGUCGGCCAGAUCGCGGGGCCGAGCGUGCCCGUGUCUGGUAAGAGCGAGAGCGGCUGGCCGAGGCAGGAAUGGGUUCCCAGCCUGGUGGCGAGCUCGAAGCACCUGGGGUUGCUCCCGAGGUCGCUGGUGGGCGGCGGAGCGGACGUCCACGUGGAUUGGGUCCCCGUCGACGCCUUGGGCCGGAUCGUCGUCGAGCUCGGCUUGGGUUUCCUGGGUGACGAGCAGCAGCUUCGGCGCGUCCCUCUAGACCCGGCCAGCGUGAACAGGGCGAGGGUGUACCACGUGGUCAACCCAAGGCCGACGAGGUGGGAGGAGCUAGUCCCCGUCAUUGCUGAGAUACUCGGUGGAGUCAAGGUCGUCCCGUUGGAGUCAUGGGUGGCAGCGUUGCGCGAGAGUGCUCCCAAGACAGACAACCUGACUUUGAAUCCUGCUGUGAAGAUCCUUGACUUCUACGAGAGCCUGGUUGGAGGCAAGAGUAUUCAUUUGGAUACUGAGAACACGGUGCAGCAUUCGACCACGUUGGGUGGGCUUGGCCCUAUCAGUGGAAGUAUGAUGGAGAGAUGGGUAAAGCAGUGGGGCUUAUAA